AUGUUGCACAGGACGAUAUCGAGAGUGGCGCGGUCCUAUGCCAAACAACUGGUGAGACGGGUGUCGUCCGGCGGCCCUAUCGGGCAGGUUGGGACGGUUGUUGGUCCCGUAGCUCUGAAGAGCAAGAGGGACGCUCAAUGGAGGUGGAACAUCGGUCUCGUCGGUGCGGUGACGUUUGGUGGUGGUCUGUUGCUGUACUACGGGGUCGAUCGGGAAGGUGUGUACUCGCAUCGAGCGCUGGAGUUAGUGAAGAGUGCGAUAUGGGAGGAGUCCAACGUCAACCAGUUCCAAUACGGGGCAGCGUUGAAGGGGUACAUGGCCGCGUUGGAACAAAUGCAGUCUGAAUCCAUGGACCCCCUCAGCGAUAACUACACUCGGGUUGAGUUGAAGAUCGCGGAAAUGCUGGAGAAGCUCGGGAUGAUGGACGAGGCCAAGAACGUCUACUUGGAGUUGCUGUAUAGGUUAUUCGAUGCGUUGAACAGCCCGGACAAAGUGCCUUUCCCGAGGAGGUCAGACCUGCUGCGGAAGGAUCUGCGGGUGCUGAUCAAGUCGCUCGAAUUGAACCAGGACGUCGAGGCAGGGAAGAGAAGACUGCUCGCGCAUUUGCUUCUCGCACAGGAGGACGUGCUUAUGAAGUCGCCCGAGCUCAAAGAGUUCUUCGACAAGAAGAAAGAGCGCGCCGAUAAGAUAAUACAGGGGAUCCCCGUUGAACUGUCUGAAUUCCAGACUUUUGUCAACGGCGAAACGAUCAAUUUGGACAAGGACGGAUUCAUGACACUCAACUUACAAAGGGAUUCCACCGCUUGGGAGCCUUUUAAAGAGGAAAUAUUCAUCGCGAGGGACCUCUAUACGGCGUACUGUCUCUCCACAAAGGACAUAACGUCUGCGCUGAGUUGCAAGAUGACCACCGUCGAGUGGAUGAUCAUGGCAGACAUGCCCCCCGGGCAGAUACUUUUGGGCCAGGCAAACUUGGGAUCCCUUUUGUACCUACAAGCGGAGAGAUUGGAAUCGGACAUUGCCACCAUCAACUUGAAAACUGAUAAUGACCCAUCUUUACUAGAGGACGAGAACGUCAUCAAAGCACUGAGAAGGUUGUAUAGGAACAAAGACAAUUGUUUGACGAUGGCGGGUCACUGUUACGAGGGUAUAGUGGAUUUUUUUCAGAAGAACAAGAAACUACGAUAUCACAUGAAGGACCAAUUGGAUAACUCUGUAGCUCAGGCAAUUGCCCUAUCCACUUAUGGGAAAGGUAUACUGCACUUGCACGAUGGUUCGUUACCAAAGGCAGAGAGACUUCUCAACGAUUCAAUCACCAUGGCGAGGGAGGCCGAUUUCAAAGAGCUUUUGAAGGAGGCAGAGCAGGAGUUGAACAAACUGAAGGAGAUGAGGUCGAAGGAAAGUGAAGAUGCCGCGGUGGUCGAGUAA